ACAUGGUGGUGAAGCUAGUGAUCCUGUUCCUCCUUUGUCACACUGCAUCUGCAGUGAGUCAUUCUCUGAAGUAUCUUGUCACUGGAUCCUCUGGAGACCCAAACAUCUCAGAGCUUAUGUAUGUUGCAGUGGUUGAUGACACGGAGGUGCUUUAUUGCGAUGCCAGCAAGAAGAUAGUAGAACCAAGACAGGACUGGGUGAAAAAAAUGUUUGAUGACAACCCUGACAUGUUGUUGGGGUACACUCAUGAGUGUUUUGAGCAUCAGCCAAUUUUUUUCAAAAGCUUGAUUUCUAAUUGGAAGCAGCUUUUAAACCAAAAUGAAGGUGUUCACAUUUUACAGAGCAUAAUUGGCUGCAAUGUGAAUGAAAACUCUGGAGAGGUUUCAUGCUUUUUACAGUUUGGUUUUAACGGAGAAGGUAUUUUUGAAUUUGAUCCGAAGACAAAGACAAUCAUCACACUGAAACCAGAGCUUCAAAUUAGCGAACAGAUGCUGAAUGAUCACAGAAAUCUAAUUAAAUACGUUGAAAACCUCUUCAGUAUGUUUCAUCCGAAACUGAAGAUUUUUUUGGACUAUGGGAGCAGCUCUUUGAACAAAAAAGUUCCUCCCUCAGUGUCUCUUCUCCAGAAGACUUUCUCCUCUCCAGUCAGCUGCCACGCUACAGGUUUCUAUCCUGACAGAGCCGUGAUGUUGUGGAAAAAAGAUGGAGUGGAGAUUCAUGAUGGUGUGGAUCUUGGAGAAAUCAUCCCCAACAAUGAUGGGACCUUCCAGACAAUUGUUGAACUGAAUGUUUCAUCAGUCACACCUGAAGACUGGAACAGAUACGACUGUGUGUUUGAGCUCUCUGGUGUUAGGAACAUCAUCACAAAACUGGAUAGAACACGAAUCAGAUCCAACAGGAAUAAUCCCUCUGACACAACAGCUCCAGUCAUUGCUAUAGUCGUUGCUCUUCUUAUUUUCAUCAUCAUUGCCGCCGUUGGAUUUGCUGUUUACAAAAAGAAGAAAGCUCCUGAGAACAGCACUGAAGUCUCUGUGAGACUCAAUCAAGAGACUUCCUCAUCUAUAUAG